UCUAAUAACAAAAACAUGUGUUUUCCUUUCAACUAAAAUAACCUUAUUACUUAGUACUACAGUUAAGUUAAUCAUAAUUUAUCCAAUUAAGUAAAAUCUGUUCUCUGUUCUCUUUAAACUGGCCGCUUUCUGACUAAACCGCUAAUUAUCAGGAAUUCAUAAAAGGCGGCUAAAACGUGAGAAUAAUGGUGAGGAAUCAGAAUAACACACCGCCUUCGUCUAUAAACGGUGACGAAAUAGUGGGUAUGGAUGAUGAUGGCAUGUUUUUUGAAGAAAUGGAGGAGGUGGAUGUUACUGAGGACAUGUUAGAGGAAUUAGAUGAUCAGGAAGAAGAAGAUGAGGAAAUGGAGAAGCCGGACGAUCUAGCUGCUGUAGUUUUUGACAAACACGACGGUUCUGUGUUCUGCUGUGACCUGCAUCCUAGUGGAAAAUACGCAGCGACAGGUGGCGAAGAUGACAAAGCUUAUGUUUGGUUGACUGAAAACGGGCAGAGUAUAAUGAAUUGCACAGGCCAUAAGGACUCUGUAUUUUUCGUUGGUUUUAGCUUUGAUGGCGCGUAUUUAGCAACCGUUGAUAUGUCUGGAGUAAUCAAAGUUUGGAAAUGCAGAUUGGAUGUUAACCAACAAGAACCCUGGCCAAUUGCUUUCGAAUAUGAGGCAGAUGACCUCAGCUGGGCGCUAUGGCACUUUGGAUCUAGAGUUCUUGUAUGUGGUGCAAUGACUGGGGACAUAUACAUCUUUAAAAUACCCUCUGGCGAAACUAAAGUAUUACAGGGACACAAUAUCAGGACGGAAUGUGGAAAGAUGUUCCAUGAUGGAGUACGGCUGGCAUCAGGUUAUCAGGAUGGAUCACUUAAAAUAUGGGAUCUGAAAACUGGUACAGUUCUACAGCAUGUACCACCAGGGACGCAUGAAAUUUGGAUUAAUGCUAUUGAUGUAAAUCCAGAAAACAGUCUCUUAGCAUCCAUAACUACAAAUGGUAAAAUUGGGCUGACAACACCAAGUAAUGGUAAGGUAGUUCAAGAAAUAGACACAGAAGUUGACUUAGAAACUAUAGCCUUUUCCCCUGACCCACAGCAGGGAUACUUUGCUUUAGGUACACUAAAUGGUUCUGUAACGAUAUGGGAUAUAGGCAGAAAAAUGAUUCGCCAUCACUGCGCCAAAUCUGAUGACCGGAAUGCUCCCGGCGUCACCAAGAUUAUCUGGAUAAAGGACCAAAUAGUUGCCGGGUGCUUGGACGGUUCAGUGCGUGUCUACGACGCGAAAUCCGGCGAACGAAAGUUGAUGCUGACCGGACAUUGGUCGCAAGUGCUAGAUUUAUGCUACAACUCUAAGGAGAACAUCAUACUAACAACGUCGAACGACGGUUCAGCAAGAAUAUUUAAGUAUACAGAGAAAAGUGAAAACGAUUAAUUUAGAGAUGUUUUACAGAUGAUAUCUCAUAUUUGAGCCUAUUACCCCUAUUGAUACUACUGCAAUAAAACAGACAGUGGUCUCUCCCCAUGUACAUAUCUUUAAACUGAACUUAAUUUAACUGGAGGUUGAUUGUUGUAGAAAACAUCAAUGUAAUGAACGCAGUGCUUUCUGAUUGGCUCCGAUAAAUAAUAGUGAUCAAACUAAAAAUUAAAUAAUAUUUUUGUAAAACUAUAAUUUAUUAUUCUACUUCUCAAAUACCUAAUCUAGUUAUAAAAGUAUGGUUUUUAGUUUUUUUUUUCUAUAAAAUUUAUUUUUGCUUUUGUACUCCUCAAGCAAACUUAAAUUCUAUAGUUGCUAUUCAGGAUACGUGGAUUUUUCAUUGAUGUGAUCAAGUGUGUUUAAUUUCAACGUAAUCAGAUGGGUUUAAGUGGGUGAAUAUCGCGUGCAAAAUUUCCGUCCACUUCAUACAUACUCGUACAUAAUUAAUUUUCAGUUAAUGAAAUACACAUUUUAAAGAGAUUACAUUUAGAUAAUAAAGAAGUCCCAAAUAAGAAGCGGUAGCGGUCACGGUAAGAUUUUUUACACACGGAGAAUUGGAAACAUGCGAUAACGCGAUUUACAGGCGGGUGCCCGAGACGAAGAACCACGCCACGUGCCUUAAAAAAAAGUAUUUAUGACUCAUCUAUUUUCAUCUUCACACAGUUUUAUAGAAUCCGAAAUACAUCGGACAUCUUAGGGGUCAUAAAAUACGUGAGAUUUUUAAGGGGUGGAGGGGCUCUUGUCAAAUCUCAUCUAAUCUUACGUUGGAGAGAGAGUUGGACUGAUUGAAACAUAAAAAAAAUUAUACUAUUUUGGUCCAUUUAAUGCAAUUAAGAUCAUUCACUAAUUCGUUCGAAAGAAAAUAGUUUAAUUCAUACUUCGGCGUUAUACAUCUACUGACUGUCAAAUCACCACAUUUGUUUUUUUCUUUUUACAAUAACAAUCCAACGCAUUUACGUAAGAAACCCACAUUUUCUCACAUGAGAUUGGGAGAUGGGGGAGGAGGUUGAAUAAAAUCUCACGACAUCUCACCAAGGGGGGAGGCAGGGACGGAAAAUUAAAAAAAACUCACGUAAUUUAUGGACGCCCCCUUAUCAUGAUAACAGUUAGAGUAAGAAUUACAUCAGCCACCCCCCGCGCAACACCUCUGUUUGGAGACUUUAUUACAAUUUAUGGAGAAAAAGAAUCUAUGUCAACAAGAUAUUAAUUAGUUAUACAAUUUCGUAUAUGCUGUAAAAGUUAUAUUAUAGUAUAUUUAUACUCUUCUAAUGCGAAAUUGUAUGAACUAAUUUCCAUAUGCUUUGCUAUUAUAUUAAAUCGUCCUCGGUUUUAUAGAAAUAAAUAUACCAAGAAGAUUGCAUUAAGAUAAGUUUCAUAAAAAAUGAGGCAUUUAUUAUUAUCCUGUGGAGUCCUCAAUGCGACAGUCCUCAAAGAGGUGGUUUUUUAUAUUAUGAAUUAUAAAAUAAAUUUUAGACCUGUUAAUAAUUUAGAUUAGUUUUGAGAUUUGAUUAUAUUAGACUGACCACGAAAUACGGUGGUCGGUGACUGACUUUUUCAAUGAUACAAUUGUUGGCGUAUAAAUAAACAUACAUAUUUUAAAGAGAAGUUGACUACUAUGUACUACUCUAGCUAUACUGAAUGUAUUAAAUAUAUCUAUUGAUUUGUGUAA